AUCUCACAUGACUGCACGACUUCGAGACGGAACUCAUGAUCACAGCCAUUCUUACGAAAAUGGCGUCCAAAGUAUUGCAGCUUUAUCUACUGGUUAUUUUCACGUUUUUGAUGACUGGAUUGCUGUGUUUUGCCUGCGGAAAGGUUCUUCGCCCGACAUCAUGUCCUUGUUCCAAUCACACGUUGUGUGAGCCGAUUCGAACCACGGCGAUGAAGGAGGUGGUGGCGUUUUCAGGAAGUGGGGCGUACUGGAAACAUUAUUUCUGGGACAAUAUGACAGCCGUGAUUGUGAGGGAGGGAUUUGAUCCGCAGAUACUGUGCCAUGCUCACUCUAAAGGAGUCAGGAUCGUUAUGAUGGGAACAUUUUCUUUGGAUACCCUAUUCAACGAGAGCGCCCGCAUCGCCUGGAUUGAGCAAACGGUGGACUCGGCUAUUGGUAACUUUACCGAUGGAUUUAACAUCGAUUUUGAACAACCAUUAGACAAGUCACAGGCAGGUGUUCUCACUGAGAUGGUCAAACAAAUAAAGGAUGCUUUUACGAAGGCCAUGCCAUACUCGCAGGUGACGCUAGAUUCCCCGUACACACCGGACUGCACAAUUUUCAAGCGGUGUUACGACUUCCAUGCCAUCGGCGAGAUCUUGGAUUAUAUCAUGAUCAUGGCCUAUGAUGAACUGGACUUCGAUGGCAGGGCGAUGGCCAAUGCACCAUUCAACAAGACAAUCAGAGGUGUUGAUGAUUUCAUCCAGAUCGGUGUUCCCUCGAGCAAGCUUGUUCUUAUUGUACCUUGGUACGGCUAUGACUUUCCAUGUUCAACGAUGAAAGAGGGUGAUGUAUGCAUGUACAAGAGGCUUUCUGUACAGUAUCAAAAAGGUUUUGGAGAUAUCAUGAAACUCCUGGAUAAGUCGACAACAGGUGCAAAGUGGAGUGACUCUUACGAAUCACCUUACUUUGAUUACAAGGAUACUGAAACCGGGCAAACGCAUCAAGUGUGGUACGACAACGCAACUAGUCUCGCUCUACGCGUUCAGAUGGCCAAAGAAAAGCAGCUACGCGGGGUAUCUGUGUUCCACGCGGACUGCCUGGAUUACAGCACCCAUCAAAAGGCUGUCAACGAGACUAAUGAAAUGUGGGAUGCGUUUAUUGGAGAGUGGCUUGUCUGAAAUUCCAAUAUUGUCGCUAGCUUUCUGCAUUUCGUCUUGCAAGUGUUAUAUACAUGUACAAAGUAAAACUACCCUUUUUUCCGAAAUGAGUCUUUAGCAAUUUAUAGGAAUCUUGAUGUAUAAGUUUCAGUGUUGUGUGCCUUGCUCAUUUCGAUAAGUGCAUUGGUAUGACAGUCAGUCUUUCUUGAUAAAGGUAUAUGUACAUUUUCCUGUCAUAUUGUUUAUUUGUAAUUAAUAUUUUAACAGUUAUCCUGUACUUUGCUCUAAAAAAAAGAAGUAAUCUGGACUUUUUUUAUUGCCUGUACUUCCCUUUGUGUUAUACACAGUAAAAAAAUUUAUACAACGCUGUUUACUAUUUGAACCUUACAGUAAUUGUUUAAACAAGUGUUUAAUCUUAAGCAACAAAGUUUAAUUUUCAAUAUUUAAUCUUCAAUAAAUUAAACAUGAUUGUUCAAACGAUUAAACAAAUACUGUGAGGUUCAUAUAUAGUAAGCAGCGUUGUAUAAAAUCUUAAAAGCGUUUUUACUCAGGGACCUGGGAACGAUUUUUUUAGUGGGGGUGCUGAAAUCUCUCCUCAAAGGUGGGGGCACUAUUGAGUUUUCCAUUGUUCUUUUAUACACACACACAUACACACACACACACACACACACACACAUAUAUGAAGAGCUCACUUGCAAAAGGGGUAAGGUCCAUUUUUUAUCAAAUUUGAUUUUUAUGUCUCAAUGUAUAGAUUUUCAGUAGCUCUAUAAGAUGAUACC